AUUGGUUCCGAAUCAGUCUGCAAAAGGUGAUUGAUGAACGCAGUGUCUUCUGGUGCGUGGUUUAGUACGAAAUCUGCUCUCCGUUUCCGUUAUCACAAUGCCAAAAACGCAAGAAACCAAAUUUGUCAAUUCACUUUUUCUGACCAACCUAAUCCAGUCCCAGUAUGGAGAGUCGGAGGUCAAGAUCAAGGCCUACGAUGUUGAACCGGCAACUGCUGAGAUCAAUGAUCCCUACGCGAGAUCAUCGAUGAACCGUAUUCUGGUGAAAUAUGUAUCCAAGGAAAAUCCUUCCGAGACCAUGAUGACGUUUGUUGCCAAGAUCAAACCCGUUGAAGGCAAACUUGUGGAAGAAUUUAAGAAAAGUGACGUGUUUGAUAAGGAAAUUUUCAUCUACAAGAAUGUUCUGCCGAAGCUCAUGGCCGUUAUUUCCAAACUUGGAGGAGCUGUAGAGCUUGCUCCACAAUUGAUCCACUCGUCUGAUGUUCCGUCCAAUUUGAUGGUAUUGGAAGACUUGACAGUGCGAGGAUACAGCGUUGAAAAUCAACAGCUGGGAUUGAAUCUGGAGCAAUCGAAAAUGGCCCUGGAAAAACUGGCUUUCUUGCAUGCAGCUAGUGCUAUUUUGAUCGAUCAGAAUCCAAAGGAUUUUGCCAAGUUCACAAAAGGAACAUUCCAUGCUGACCACAAGGACAAGCUGAAGUAUUUUACCGAUGCCCUCACGACUGUGGCUGAAAUCGCUCCGGAUCUUGGUGCAGACAAUACCAUCGCUGCUAAACUGAAGACCCUCCCCGCUAAAAGUUUACAAAAGGCUAUUGAUUCGUACUGUAGUGACUUCUACGGGCUUAAAGUGCUGGGCCACGGUGAUUUCUGGACCAACAAUAUCAUGUACAAAUACAACAAUCACGAGCUUGUGGAUGCGAUUUUUGUCGACUUUCAAAACUGCGUGGUUGGUUCACCAAUUAUCGAUUUGAUGUACUUCUUAACAUCUUCACCAGCUCAUGAUGUACUGGAGAAAUCCAAGGAUGAGCUUAUUUACACUUACUAUGAGACAUUGGUAGUGUUGCUGCAACGCUUGGGCUAUAAAAAGCCGAUCCCAACGUUAAUGGAUCUGCAGGUCGAAAUGCUUAAGCAUGGUGCCCUGGAGGUCAUUCUUGCGUUAACAACGGCUCCAUUUUUGCGUACUAAGCAUGCACAGAACACACCAGCCAUUCAACCGACAUUGUACAAAAACGAUAAAACUGUGGACAUCAAACCAGUUCUCAAGGAUCACGCCAGUGUCAUUGUGAAGCAGCUCAAAGAUUACGAGUUGCGUGGAUUGCUCGAUUGGGGUGCUGCAGAGAGCAAGAUCAAAGGACUGAUGGGACGUUUCCAGCGUUAGAUUGGAUACGAGUUUUUAUUUGGAUGUUUACACUGAUUGUGUGAAAAGAAUUUUUAUGAUAAAAGAUUCCAGUAAAUAAUUCAAAAAUGA